AUGGAGAACUACAACGUCCAAGAAGAAUCCAAGCGCAUCUUUCAGGAGCGUGUCCUGGGUGAUGCGGAAAGACUUGGCCUCCCCGACUCUUUCUUGGAGGCCGGAAAGAAGAUCAGAUUUACUGGAGCCGACUCCAAGCCUUUCAUCCCUACGCCUUGCAAGAUUACCGAGUCUGCUUCCGCAUUGACUGCUUUGGUGUCUGCGGCCGCGAGCGCUGUCGCGUCUGACCGGUACGGAAUCGAGUACCAGGAUGUGGAGGUCAACACGGACAUUGCGAGCAUGUUCCUCCUGUCCAUCCUGUUGCCCACCGUGAAGGGACAGCCGUUCAUCCAGAACGAGCAGCUGAAGAAAGAGAUGGCAAAGGGAGACUUGUACGUGAUGGGCAAGCCGAUUCACCAGGAAGCCACGAACGUAUACCAGACGAAGGAUGGCCGCUGGUACCACCUGCACGGCUCCAUGAACGCCGCGCGUACGAUGGAAAUGGUCGGCGUUACGGAGCAGGACGUGACGAGGGAAGAGGCGAUCAAGAUCUACGCCGAGAAAGUUGCGCAGUGGGAUUCGGCCGAGGCCGAGAAGGUAGCCAACGACAAGUACAUGCAGUCGGGCACCGUUUGUAACACGCCCGAGGAGUUCUUCGCUACCGAGCAGGGCAAAAUCAUUGGCGCCGAGCCGCUGUACAACCUGAACCCACGGAAGGCUCCGCGCUCCUCAUGGCCCCAAGUCGCCAACAACACGGCCUACAAGCCCCUCGCGGGCAUCCGCGUAAUCGACUUCAGCCGCGUCAUCGCCGCCCCCGUCAUCUCGAAGAUGCUGGCCCUGCUCGGCGCCGAAGUCCUCAAGAUCACCUCGGACAAGCUCCCGGACAUUACCUGGACCUGGGUGGACCUGAACACGGGCAAGCGCGACCACAGCCUCGACCUCAAGACCGAGGCGGGCAAGAAGACGUUCGCGGAGCUGGUCAAGGGCGCCGACGUCCUUAUUGAUGGGUUCCGGCCGGGUGCGCUGCAGAGGCAAGGCUUCGACGCGGAGUCGCUGAGGAAGAUCAACCCGUCGCUUAUCUAUGCCCGCGAGAACUGCUACGGCUUUAAGGGCCCGUUGGCUUACCGCUCGGGCUGGCAGCAGAUCAGCGAUUGUCUUGUUGGCAUUUCCUGGCUGCAGGGCAAGUUCUUGGGGCUCAACGAGCCUGUCGUCCCCUUGUUGCCAAACUCCGACUACCAGACCGGUCUCGUCGGCGCGGCCGCCAUCGUGCAGGCGCUGCUCGCACGCACAAAGUCCGACGUCACCUUCGACGUCGAUGUCAGCCUGACGCAGUACAACAUCUGGUACUACAGGCUGGGCCAGUACACGGAGGAGCAGGGCAAGGCGAUCCUGGCGCGCAACGAGGGCUUCAUGGUGCGCCACUACGACGAGAUGCAGACGCUGCUGUUCAAGAUGCUGGAGCAGUACAAGAAGGUGCGGCCGGACUUAUUCGAGAACAAGGAGAACUUCACCAAUAUGAGCGGCAAAGAGUGGGGUCUGGAUGAGGAUAUCACGAUCCUGGCUCCGUCGUUCAAGUUCGAGAAGUCCAAGCUCGAGUAUGAGGUGCCUUCGGGGUCGAGGGGAAGGUCGAAGGCUGAGUGGCUUGCGUAA